CAAAGAGCUAUACGCUUUUUGCUCUUCGCUUAAACAAUGGACUUCAGCGCGGUAACAGUUGACGCUUCUUCAUAAGCCGCCUCCAAGCUGUAGAAGCUUUAGCAUAAUGGCUAAGGACUCGCUGCUAUCCUUCUUUAUUACUUAGUUACACGAACAUGGGCUGGCUGUUGCAUCUUCACUUUUGAAUCGACCAUUCGCGUUAAGCUUUUACCUGACCAAGCACGUGGCGCACCCUAACCUAGGCUUCUUAUGACAGACCAGGAUGGCGGGGACCCGUUGGAGCUGCAUUGCCCAAUUUGCUAUAGCGACGAUAACGACUUGGGAUACGCGACGCUUGUUUGUGGGCACGUCUUUCACACCAGGUGCCUAACAACUGCUCUGAAGAGCAAAAAGGAAUGCCCCACAUGCCGGUGCCCAGCAAAGCCCGUGGAUUCCGUCCGCCGUGACGCCCCCAACCCCACCCACACCCGCUGCCCGUGCAAGACCGGUCAGCCCAUCAAACUCUACCACCUACAGAAACCCAAAAGUGACAGCGAAGGUGCUGCUGCCGCCUUCAGCGCCUCCGCUGCUGGCGGCGGCACUGCGGGCGCGGCAGCAGUGGCGCUGCUGGCUGCUGCCCAGGAGGCGGCUCAGCGGGCUCAGCAGCGGGAGGGGCGCAUGCGGGAGGCGCUGCAGGAGGAGCGGCGGAGGGUGGCGGAGCUGGAGGCGGAGGUGGCGAGGCAGGCGGAGGAGGUGGUGCGGGCGGAGGAAGCUGCUGAGAGGCGGAAGGAGCGGCUGGCCGUGAAGGAGAGG